AGAAGCGCGCUCCCUGCCAACCGCCAUUGUGAUCGGAAUACCUCGGUCGAGUAACACCAACCUUAAACGUCUUGCUGUUGGACGCCUUCAUCCAUCAAUCAAUCUAAUGUCGGAAGGAGUUGGCGGCGGGAGCUCGGGAUCAGUGGAGCAACCGGCGGCGUUGAUUCCUAUGGAGGAAACUGUCGAGGCCCUGAUCGGUUACCUCGUCGCGCCUCUCCUCCCCGCGAGGGCUUCCUUUCAUCCGCCUCCUACCAUCGAUCAACAGAAGGCCGUGGCUAAGCAGGCACCAUCUCUCUUCAAAACUAUGUAUUUGAUUGCACUAACGCUUUGUCGUCUUCUUCGUUUUUUCCUCUUUCUAGGGCGAAAAUUAAGGGCUUAGUCGGAAACGAAGAGUAAAAAAUGGAUCUGAUGGGGUUGUGAGUUGUGAUUUUGCAUGCAUAAGCUGCUCUUAGUGAAGGUAGAUUGAUCGUUCACUAAUGGAUGUAGGAAUUUAAUUGAUUGUAGCUUGUUCGGAAAAAAAGGAAAAUAAUGACAGAUUGUGUUGCAUGUCUAGUUGUUGAGAGUUGUUUUAUACCUCAUAAGUCAAAAUUUUGAAUUAAAUAAAUCAGAGUGUAGAAGGAAAUUUUUUGUUGGAAUCGCCACUUUGGGCCACCUUACUCACAAUUAGGUCUUGAAAUUUUGGUUUAGGCAAAAAGUUAUAGAAGUGGUAAAGUCAGAACUCUGACUACAGAAUAGAGAAGACUCUUAUUUUCAAUAAUGUAAAUCUCAAAAACGUCUAUAGUACUUACACCUUGGUGGCUCUCUUAUAAAAAAAAUAGUAUAAAAAACAAAUCAUCACAAUAAAAUCAAAGGAAUAACAGGAGCAAUAUAUGUGGACCUCAUAGCUAACACAGUUAGCUUUCAGGAUAUCGAUUUGUUAAUGAAGAUUUAAUAAUGUAAGAUCAUAUACGGGUGAUGUGUUUGCUUUCUCAGAACUCUAUAGAAGCUUUGUUUGCAGGACCUUGAAGCAAAAGAGAUGUGAAAAAUACUUGGAUACUGUACUGACAUAUGCAAAUCACAUUGCAUUUGUGUUGAAGAUCAAAAGCUUUUAUAUUCUACAUGAUUGUGUAUUGUACCGUUCCUGCUAUCUUUAGAAAUGCAUUCAGUUGUGCUGCUGUAUAAUUAUUACCACAGAAAGCAGUUUCCACAACUUAAGUUUCUUGCUUUCGAACCUUUCUGCAAAAUGGUUUCCAUUGCAAAUCCCAGCCUUUUGAUGUAUAUGAAAUUUAUGCUCAAAUAAGAAGAAGGGCCAGGAAAUCUUGACAAGCAUCUCUCAGUCAUGGAGAAGAUGGUCAUGGAUGCCUAUACUAAGAAGGAAAAGUGUUUGCUUGAGUUCUGCUCUAUGACACAGAGGGUGUGGUCACUGGUGGAGAAAGAAGUUGAUAGACAAGUCGAAAAUUUGAUAGGGACAACACAGAUGAAAAUGCACUUAUCUGAAAAAGGAUCUUUAAUUUCAGAUGAAUCUCUGGAAAAUGAAGAUGUAUUUCAGCAGCUUGCAUUUUCUGCUGUGGAGCAGAAAACAGGUAGCAACUGUUCAAAGUUGAGUAUCUUGGAGCGUCAUAUGACAUAUUCAUUAAGUCGAGAGAAGACCACUAUCAGGGUAUAUAUAAUGAACUACACAGAAGCAAUGAAUGAAGGGCUUGUGGAAAUUCCUAUCAAAGCCGUAAUAAGCAGCUUGCAAGGGCCUCUAAUCAGGACUGACCAACCUUCUGAAGUGACUUCAGUAGUUAAGUACUAUCAUUUACUACCAUACUAUGAUAUAUUGUCUGAUUGGAUUUCCAGGGAAACACAUUAUCAUGGCUUUUUGCCAUCAUUGAGGCAUCCAACAGUUGUAGAUAUGGACUACCAACCGGAAUUGGACAAACCACUGACUGAAAAAGGUCAUGUAUUCAGCAAUUCUGAUCAGAAGGAUCAAGUUUUAUGCAUGCCAAGUAACAAUACGACCAAAGGUGAAAAUAAAGAUACAAACUACAAGAAGAAAAAUAAUCCAUUAUCCAGGGAAAAGUCAUCAGUAGUUGAUUGUACAAGAAAAACUGGAGCUAAUGAUUCCCUUUUGAAGCUAGACAGGCAGCUUGACACAAAUGAUCAAAUAUUUACUGAUAAAUCUACAUUGAAUGAGUACAGAAACAGGACAAAUCAUGCAGUUAUAAAUAUUAAAAGCCCAGUAGAAUCAUGUAGAAAUGCUUCAUCACCAGGUACCUACAUACCUAUCAACAUAGAGGACAAUGCAUCCUUGAACCAACAUCAGCAAUCAUCAGCAAGUGAAGGUAUGAUAACUAGGGAAACAAUCAUUUCAGAUAUUUGUAUUAGCAAGAGGGAAAAUAACAAUCUUCAGGAUGCUAAAUCCAGUCCUAAUAAUGGUCGCCCUGAGAAGGUGUAACAUCUACAUGACUCCUUGAUUUUGUUUCAUUGCAUUGAUAAAAAAUCUUUAGUAGAACUUUUAUCCUUAUACUUCUCUAUCUCUUCUAUAGUUUUAAAGUGCAAAAAAAUUUGUUUGGUCUUCAUUCGUUUGAUUUUGACCUAGACAGUACAAUUUUCUAUAUGGCUGUAAAGCCUGUAAUGUCUGAUCCGUAAUGUCACAGUGGGCUUUAAUUUUUCCCCCCUUUUUGGCCUUUCAUUUAGUGCUGCAUAUACAGGCUAUGUGGUCUCAUAUAGUGACAAUUGAUGAUGGUUUGCAAAAGGUUUCAGCACUAAUUUGUCUUUAUAACCAUCAUGCUGAAGCUGCAUCCCUGUAUGUCAUCUAGUUUCUAUAAUACACAAAGAUCGUGUAUGAGAGCAUGAAGGGAUAAUAGAACAAAGCAAACUAGUUCACUUAUGAGGAAAAUCAUCAAUACGAGAGUUUAUGUAUACAUCCUUUCUUGGACAAGCAGUAUACCUCAAUCUAUGAUAUAGAAUAUCAGCAAAAGGAAUACAACAACAAUAACAAAGCCGUAAGUCCUAACUAUUUAGGAUCGGCUAUAUGGAUCUUUUGUCAUCAUUUAGAUAUAUAAAAAGUCAUGUUUAGUUAAGUUUAGAAUAUUUAUAAUUUCCAUUAAAUCUUUUUAAGUCUUCAUCUACCUCUCUCCAUACCACUAAUAUUAAUUAUUUCACUACUUCUAACUACUGCAUCCAUAGGUCUCCAAAGCACAUGUCAAAACAAUUGUCUCUUAUCUUAUUCUCUAUUGAAUCGAUACCUAGUUGUUCACAAAUAAAAAUAUUUCUUUUACUAUCUUUCCUAGUAACUCCGUACAUCAAAUCGGCAAAAGGAAUAUCAAUCUCAAAUUCAUAUUAGCGCUUUAGCUAUAUUCAUGGUUGUGUGAAACUAGAGAUGUGUUGAGGAAUUUUUGUUGGAUCUGCAGAAAUUACAGGGUGAGCUGAGUAAUUGUAUAAUAUUAUUAUUGGGUGCACAGGAAGUCCACUGGAAGUAGAAAUUGGCAAUACUAGUUGAUAUUCCUGGGAAAUCUUUUGGUCAUUUUGAUCAAAUUCACAAUUCCAGAUGCACAAUGUCAUGUAACAAUCUGCACUGAGGAAUGUGCUGGUGAGCAAUGGUAAAGAAUAAAUCUACUCCAGGAAUAUACUGGUAAAGUAUGGUAAAUCAACCUAAUUGAACUGUGAUGUAAUGACUAGGACAUCCCUUUACCUCUAAUGAUUCAUAUGGUGGCCAACACAUGGUCUUGGUGAAUCAGCUUCAUUUUGAGACUGAUACGAUGAUAAUUGUGGUAUGCUGGAGAAGCCAGCAAACACUAGGAGUUGAUAUUGCAAGGAAUUUUAGUAAUUUGCUUAAAAUAUGAAUAAGAUUCUUGUUGAAUUUUUCUACUAGCCAACUAUUGGUUUAUGAACUACUCAAGUAGCUUUCUGGGGAUGUCAACAGUUGCUACUGGUCAAUUUCUGGGCCCAUUUAGUUUAAAAACAUUCAAGAAAUGGCAGAAUUUCUCAUUCUUGUACUGGGAGAUAAAUAGAGUUGCACACUGAUGCAUGAAUUUUAUGUUUUUGGAUCAGAUCCUUUGAUAUAUGAUUUUUGUUUAGUUUAUAUAACUUGCACCAUGAUACAUUAUGCUACAUAUGAGCAAGCUGAAAAAUGUGCUAUAAAUGUGAACAAGUUGGGCAUAUGCUAUGAACAGUACAAGUUUCUAUGUAGUACCAAAUAUGUGGUAUGUGUCAAAGAAAAAGAAUUGUCUAUGUAGUAUAACAUCACGCAAUCAGCGUCGUGCUCAAUUAACGGAGCAUAAAGUUAAAAUAUAUUGCCUUGAUUAUUUAACUAAUGACAUUGGCGAUAGCUUGUUACAAUUUUUGUUUCAUGCAGGAACUGGAUGAUCUUUGUUAUGAACUGGGCUGGACAUUACCACAAUAUAGAGUUCUUCCUUCAAUUCUGGAUGGUAGGGUGAAAGAUGUUGACUUCUACUCAGGAAUGCUCCAAGCAACUGUGAUCCUUAAAAGGGUUGAACUUUGAAUGCACGGUAAAUGGUGAUAUGAAGAGCAGUCGCCGUGCAGCACGAUCGUCCGCAGCUACUCGUAUGUUCAGCAAACUCCUCUUCCUGGCAAGAAGCCAAGCUCAAGCACGAGUUUGAGAUCUCCAUGCCCACCAGUUUAUGCUUCUAUUAAUGGUGCAACUCUCUCAUCCUUUGAUGCUGGAAAGCAGAAUGAGACAUGAACUCUGGAACCUUCAAGGUCUGCUUUUGUUCUUUUGACAAUAAUUGAACAUCUAAACUUGUUGAUGUUUUUGAAGCCCCAACUCUAUUUCAUUUACUGUUAUUUUGUUUCCAAUGUGAGAUAACAUGUAUCUUUCAAAAGUUACAUCAUUAUAUUUACAAAAGAAAAAUAUUUAAUCCAUUAUGUUAAUAAUUUUUUUA